UCAAGUGCGUCCAUCCUGAAGAUGAAACCACAGCGAAAUGAGGUCACAACGUCCAAGGAGAACGUGGACGUGGUGGGGACCGACACGGGGACGGCCAGCAUGCCGAUGGACUCGGAAGCGAUGCGGGCAACCGCGGGUUCCACACCUCCACUGCACUUUCGGGGCUCGCCGUUGCGCAAGGGCAAGCCGUCCAAGGACAAGAAGGUGCGCACUCAUUCCAAGGGCGACAAGCUGUGUUCCGUGCUGUCCAAGGCGCGGUCGCGCUCCAAGAGGAGGUCGUCCAAAGUGAGCGGCUCCAGGAGCGUGGAAAGUAAGAAGGCCAGCACCCCUGCACCGUCUCUUCCUGUUCCUCCUCCUUCGCCUUCUCCGCCUAAGUCGAGGAAGCCGGAAGCGCUUCCGGCCGGCCAGAUGCCGACGUCCUCGGCGACUCCGAGCGAGUCCCUCGUGUCGUUUUCGAAGGACGCGAGCAACGACGACCUGCAACUGCCGCUGCUGCCAACGCGACCUGCGAGCUCGAGCCAGAAGAAAGCGCCGAGCGUGCCCCCGGAAGUGACGAGCUCGCAGAGUGCCCCUAAGGAAGCCGCGAUGCAGACGCCAUCGAAGCAGGCGGAGGACGAGACAUCCAGCGGCACACAGGCCACGAAGCCGUUCCAGAUGUCCAGGACGUCCUCUGUGACCACAAGGCCCAGUCCGGAUGGAAGCAGCGUCUCGCCGCAAGUGAAGGCGAGGGAGGUGCCGGACCAGUACGCGAUAGGGCCACUCCUGGACGUCUUGGUGGACGACCUGAGGGAAGUGACGCGAGACAUCGGCAGGCGCUGCUCCUCGCAGGCGGGCACUCUCGAGGAGACGUCGGUGCCGAGGCUCCCUUUCAGCUCCACCACCGGGAGUGCCCAGACAACACCUGCUGCAGCGCGGACCUCCGGCCGGCCGAGCACUCCCGAUAGAGGCUUGGAUUUUUGCUCGUUCACGGUGGGCACAGCGGCGAGCUCCAUGCUAUUCAUCGUGGUCCCUGUACUUCUUCAAGGGCCUACGCUCGCGCGGGUACAACUGCAGCGGGCAAAACUGCAGCGACUCGAGCGCUUCAUACGCUCCACACAACUGACGAUGCCGUCCGGCAACGUGUUUCCACCUUUGAGACAGAAAUAAUUUUUUUAAUUAAUAAAGCGAAACUCAUUCACGUCACACUAGCUCAUUGAGUAUAGGCAUCGAGAUAUCGCUGAGUUCAAUCGUG